AUGACCGAGCAACUUGUCCUUCCGGCGCCAGCAUCAAGUCCCCCUCCGCCCGGCAGAAGUGGAAGCUCGCAUCGAGUCGCUGGCCAUCUCGCUUGCGAGCGAUGCCGCAACCGCAAGAUCAAGUGCUCAGGCAUGCCUGGUCCCUGCCGCAAUUGCACGCAGCACGGUUAUGAAUGUGUACUACCCAAGGACAAAAAGGAGCGCGAGCAGCAACAGCUACUGCUUCGGAUCGAACAACUCGAAAAGCUUACCGCUUCACAAUCGCCAGAUGGAGCGACGUCCAGCGCCGGUCCUCCCCCUCCGCCUCUACCGCUGAGCCAGCAGGUAGGAGGCUCCAAAUCGCCGGGCGACAUGCUAGCCGGCAUUUUCCCCUGGGAUACCCCCCAUCUCCCGUGGCUACCCAGCCAAGGGGAGAUCCCCGCAGCGACCGAGAGUGCUGUGUUCACUGGAUCCUCGUCCGUAUCAGCUCAGCAAGCGGGAUUGGCGGCGGGUACGGCGGUUACGGCGAUGGGGCAGAGUCCUUGGUGGCCGGUGCUGGGUUUCAGCCCUCGAGAGAUGGACGGGCCACAGGGUGCAGAGGGAGGCGGAGAUCCUGGGGAGCUCGGUCUUCCCGCUUCACAGAGCCUCUACCUUCCUAGCGAGAUCGGUCGCCUACCCGAGACCGUCCAGCCCAUCUCCUCCCCCUCCACCUCCAUCGAUAGCUUCGUCAACUCCGCCGGCGUCGUGUUCUACCUCGGCGUCCUCGCGGAACAUCCCGACCACCCCAUGAGCUCUCUCCCCGUCCCUCGGCACUGGAUCGGAUCUCCAAACAUGGCCGAUAUCUACACUCGGUUAUUCGCCGCUGCGAUCGGCGCGCUUCAUCACCACAAAUCGCGCCAAAAGUCCUCCACCUACGUCAUCAUGGCGGAAUCCCUCCCUAUCCCAGACCUCUGGGACGACAUUGAUGGCCUGGAAUGCGCCUUGUGGAACGCGUGCUACCGCUUCCAUGAGGAGACGAGCACGUUCAUAGACGAGGCGGACGUGCCCAUGUCGUCAGCGAUCAGGCGCUCCUCCGAACGCCACCCCCCAAACCUGUGGCUUCGGAUGUCUCGGAUCAUUGCGCGCUGCAUCGACCUCGGCCUGACCAAUGGCUAUCUGGCCGGUCACGAACCCCUGCAACUCUCUCCUCAGAGUCAGGACCAGCCGGACCCCCGGAGCAAGCGGUAUUCUGACUGUCUGCGGGCGGCUUAUCGGCUCGAUACCCGUAUCUCGACUGCCAAGCAACGGCCGCGGGUCAUCCGGGCGGCGGACCUGGAUCCGGCUCUCCUCGCGCUUUUACAGUGA